UUUUCAUUACCUCCAGUAGCUCUGCAUUAACUUCAACAUGGUGGUCUGCGAUUCUCUUGUUUUGGCCUAAAAUUUCAUUUCCUUUAUUUCUCACUUAAACCAGCUCAAUAUGCCUCGAAGGAGUCGCUCUCGUUCCCGUUCAAGAUCUCCACGUAAAGAAAGGGAAAGACGUCGAGAUCGAGAAAGGAAGCACCGCCGCCGAAGUCGUUCCAGAUCAAGAAGUAGGUCAGCACCUCGUUAUCGUUCUCGUUCAAGGUCAGCACCUCGUUAUCGAUCCAGGUCAAGAUCGCCACCUCGUUACAGGUCUCGUUCAAGGUCUCCCCGUGGUAGAUACCGGUCAAGGUCUCGCUCACCUGGACGGAAAAAUCGAGACCGACGAAAUAACAUGGUGCGCAGUGACGACAGUGAUGAAGAAGUACAGUUUAUUAUGGAAGAGAAACCACAUGACACUUCACAGUUGACGGACAAGACUGACGAAGAGAAAGAAAUGUUUCGGGUGAUGGGAUUUUUACAGUUUGAUACAACCAAAGAAAAACCAGUAAACAAGAAACCAAUUUAUGUAGCAAAUAUUGUCCACAAAAGAAAAUACAGGCAAUACAUGAACAGACGAGGAGGAUUUAACAGACCUUUAGAUUUUAUUGCUUAAUUGUGUGCUUGCUUCACUGUGGAAUCCUGUUCUGUCAAUUUAUUAGAACAUCAGUGACCUACCAGAAUACCAGUGAGCUACAUCAAAAAAAAACCAGAAAAUACCACCUCCAUGAGUCUAUAACUUUAUUGACACCUCAUCUCCAUAAUGUGCAUCUGUAUUUUUGGUCAUAAAAUUACCUUUUCUACACUU